AGGCGGCGGGGGAAGGAGGAGGAGCUCCGGCUGUGCUCUCUCCCUGCAGCGGCUGCGCGUCUCAGCGCUUGUCUGGUUCCCACCCCUUUUAAAUAAGCCGGUCUGGUCACAGCCCUCACAGACUAGUUGGCUCCGGGGAGGCGGCGGCGGCCGGCGGGGGUGCAGCCGGGGCCGGGCCCCUGCCCGGGGCCCGGCGGCUGGGCGGACAGGAGAGCGGCGGGCGAAGUCGCGUCUGCAUCUGCGGCACAGCCCCGGCAUAGCCCGGGGCUGCCAGUGCCCGCCGCGCCAUUGUUGGGGGAGGGGGCGGCUUCUGAGCUCGGCGGAGUCAGGGGACGAGCGGAGGCGGCGGCGGCGAGGAGUGAAGGCGCCCCAUGGGGAACUCGCUGUCUUGUUGCCUGUGCCCCAAUGCCAGCCCCAAGGUGGGCCGGCGCAGGGGGUCAGCGGAGCCGGACUGUGAGGCUGAGGUCUACAAGGCGGCGGCCGGGAACGCGGUGGCAGUAGCUCCGGCGGCAGCUACCGUGGAACCCGCCGAGUUGGAUUUCGCAGGUGGCGAAGGCCACCACCUGCAGCAGAUCAGCGACCGGGAGAUGCCCGAAGACUUAGCUUUGGAACCAAACCCUUCUGACCACCCAAGGCCAAGCACAGUUUGUCUGAGCAAAUCUCAAACAGAGGUGCGGGAAAAGACGAAGAGCAACCCUUUAAACCAUGUAUCUCCAGGGCAGCUUACUAAAAAGUAUAGCUCAUGCUCAACAAUAUUUCUAGAUGACAGCACAGUCAGCCAGCCUAAUCUUAGAACCACAGUAAAAUGUUUGACCUUAGCAAUAUAUUACCACAUAAAGAACAGAGAUGCAGAUAGAUCCUUGGAUAUUUUUGAUGAGAGAUUACAUCCACUCACACGAGAAAAGGUUCCAGAGGAAUACUUCGAGCAUGAUCCUGAACACAAAGUCAUUUACAGAUUUGUUUAUACUCUUUGUAGUGCCACACAUCUAACUGCUGAAACUGCAGUAAUAACUUUGGUUUACUUAGAAAGGCUUUUAACUUAUGCUGAGAUCGACAUUUGCCCCACUAACUGGAAAAGAAUUGUUUUGGGAACCAUUCUUCUUGUCUCCGAGCUUUGGGACGAUCAGGCUGUAUGGGAUGUGGUCUACUGCCAGAUCCUCAAGGACAUUACAGCUGAGGACAUGAAUGAGAUGGAAAGGCACAUCCUGGAGCUACUUCAUUUGGACAUUAUUGUUCCUUUCAGUGUGUAUGUCAAACACUACUUUGACCUUCGCUCCUUAGCAGAUGACAACAACCUGAAUGUUCUAUUCACUCCUCUUAGCAAAGAAAGAGCACAGAGCUUAAAGGCCAUUUCCAGAUUGUGUGACGACGAAUACAAAGACGUGUGUAGAGCUGCUAUGAGAAGGUCUUUCAGCGCUGAUAAUUUCAUUGGUAUUCGGCGCUCCAAUGCCAUCCUCUCUUAAGGGAGAAGUGAGGGGUUGUAACAUCAUAAACCCCUCGAAACAAGGACUGGAGAAACAGCACCUCUCCUGCUCAGAAACCAGCAAAGUUAGUAUUUUCACCUUAAAGAAAGACAUUGAAUUCAAGAGACUCAUGGACAAGCGAAGAUUAUGCUCAUAGGAAAGAACGGGACCUCGUCAAUGUAACACGCUCUUCUGUCCUUUUUAUUGUAAACAGAGUUACAAAAACCACUCCAAAGCUAAAAACUCCCAAUCCAUGCACAGAUAUCUGCUCCCAAUCUACACACAGAUAUCUGAUACCUGAGAACUAUCUGAGGUUUUUUAAUUAAUAGCUUAAAUUUUUAGACUUUAAAGACACUAACUAUAUAACUUCUAUGUUUUUCUUGCCUCACUGUCCCAUACUGCUGCAUAUUCCUUUAGAAUCAGUGCAGUAUUACCAUCAAAAAAUGGGACUCCAAAAA